AUGUGUGAGGAUGACAUCAUGUAUGAGGAUGACAUGUCGGACGUCGACAAGAAGCCGGAGGAGGACGACGACAAGUCGAAGAACGACAUCACGGUACAAAACGACAUGAGAGUUAGUCCUGUGGGAGGAGAGUUUGCUAGUCCUGUGGGAGGAGAGUUUGCUAGUCCUGUGGGAGGAGAGUUUGCUAGUCCUGUGGGAGGAGAGUUUGCUAGUCCUGUGGGAGGAGAGUUUGCUAGUCCAGUGGGAGGAGAGUUUGCUAGUCCAGUGGGAGGAGAGUUUGCUAGUCCUGUGGGAGGAGAGUUUGCUAGUCCAGUGGGAGGAGAGUUUGCUAGUCCUGUGGGAGGAGAGUUUGCUAGUCCUGUGGGAGGAGAGUUUGCUAGUCCUGUGGGAGGAGAGUUUGCUAGUCCUGUGGGAGGAGAGUUUGCUAGUCCUGUGGGAGGAGAGUUUGCUAGUCCUGUGGGAGGAGAGUUUGCUAGUCCUGUGGGAGGAGAGUUUGCUAGUCCUGUGGGAGGAGAGUUUGCUAGUCCUGUGGGAGGAGAGUUUGCUAGUCCUGUGGGAGGAGAGUUUGCUAGUCCUGUGGGAGGAGAGUUUGCUAGUCCUGUGGGAGGAGAGUUUGCUAGUCCUGUGGGAGGAGAGUUUGCUAGUCCUGCGGGAGGAGAGUUUGCUAGUCCUGUGGGAGGAGAGUUUGCUAGUCCUGUGGGAGGAGAGUUUGCUAGUCCUGUGGGAGGAGAGUUUGCUAGUCCUGUGGGAGGAGAGUUUGCUAGUCCUGUGGGAGGAGAGUUUGCUAGUCCUGUGGGAGGAGAGUUUGCUAGUCCUGUGGGAGGAGAGUUUGCUAGUCCUGUGGGAGGAGAGUUUGCUAGUCCUGUGGGAGGAGAGUUUGCUAGUCCUGUGGGAGGAGAGUUUGCUAGUCCUGUGGGAGGAGAGUUUGCUAGUCCUGUGGGAGGAGAGUUUGCUAGUCCUGUGGGAGGAGAGUUUGCUAGUCCUGUGGGAGGAGAGUUUGCUAGUCCUGUGGGAGGAGAGUUUGCUAGUCCUGUGGGAGGAGAGUUUGCUAGUCCUGUGGGAGGAGAGUUUGCUAGUCCUGUGGGAGGAGAGUUUGCUAGUCCUGUGGGAGGAGAGUUUGCUAGUCCUGUGGGAGGAGAGUUUGCUAGUCCUGUGGGAGGAGAGUUUGCUAGUCCUGUGGGAGGAGAGUUUGCUAGUCCUGUGGGAGGAGAGUUUGCUAGUCCUGUGGGAGGAGAGUUUGCUAGUCCUGUGGGAGGAGAGUUUGCUAGUCCUGAAGGUCCUCAACGGCCCAGGUCUGAAGAUGGUCCUCAACGGCCCAGGUCUGAAGAUGGUCCUCAACGGCCCAGGUCUGAAGAUGGUCCUCAACGGCCCAGGUCUGAAGAUGGUCCUCAACGGCCCAGGUCUGAAGAUGGUCCUCAACGGCCCAGGUCUGAAGAUGGUCCUCAACGGCCCAGGUCUGAAGAUGGUCCUCAACGGCCCAGAAAUAUUGCUGCACGGAUCCUGAGAAAUAAACAAAAAGAAGCCAUUGGCUGGUUCUCUAGGUUGAUAAACUGCCCAAUUUACCCUCUCUACCUUGGAUGA